GGAGAGGAGAGUGCGCGCAUGGUGGUUGGAUGCUAUAAGGCGCGUGAAGCCCCUCACAGACGCUCAGAGCUCAAGUUGUUUCCCGCACGUGAGAAUCUGAAUGAACGUGAGCCGGUCAGACCGAGACGCAGAGCGCGCGAGUGAAUGAAGCCGGAGAACGAGGAGGAUUUGUGAAUGAAACAUCUGAGAGGAAACAGCAGCAGCGGCGCGAGAGGAACCGAUUCACAAAAAACCAUGAAGAGGGAAAAAACCUGAGAAUCUUCAUCUGAAAAUAUCUGUUUUAUUUCUUCAGAUUUAAUGAUGGAAGGACGACAGACUGAGAGGGAGCCUCCCGUCUCUGUUUGAAGACUUUAGUCGCAUUUCUUCCUUUCCUCAUUGAACCAUCUCUUUAUUUUUUCUAGUUUUAUCUUUUUUUCAUCCUCGUCGUUGAAAAGUGAGCCUUCACAUCGACACUGAGGGACUUAUAACAAACAGAGCCGCCUCGUUUCCACUGAAAUGCUCCGGGCUGCGCUUUAACGCUUCUCUCCGGUGCCAUUACGCGCGGCGAGGCGCACGGCUCCCCGCUGCAUGGACGUGGAAAGAAGGGGUGCAGAGGGGGCUGCAGGACCUGUCCAACCUGGCAAUCUAAGAACCACAAGACGACGCUAAGAUUUGCGUAAUAUUCCCGUUUUCCCGAUGAGCUAUUUCGUGAUGAAAAGUGGGUGGAGGAUUCACGUCGUUUUACCGGGUGUCCUCAUCCACACUCCGUGUUAGAUCCCUCUCGCCGUGGACUCGCUUCAGCUCGGAGCUCUGAGGUGAAGUUUGGAUCAGUUCCUUAGAUGAUCAUGGGUCAGAUCUCCAGAUGCUGUCACACUCCCUCCUCUUCUUCAUUGUUUCCUGUGAAGUUUCUGUGGCUGAUUUGAACUUUGAAACACACUGAAUAGUUCUGGUCCAGCAUUAAACAUGACACCGGUACCCGGACCGAGUCCCCAUCAGCGCUCCAACUCUGACUGACUCCCGCGUCCCGGUCAGCUCUGCGUUAUUAUGCUGAAUGGACCCACCUUCCGCCGCCACGACCCCAUGCGACUCGUCGACCCGAGGCACCUCCCGCAACUGAUGUCCCUGGAGGACCAUGAGCCCACCAUGGUGGAGGGGACGCUGGGACCCCGGAACUCCACGCCGGCAGGGGAGGAGGGGGCUCCGGGUCAGCACCACCACUCCUUCCCCUGGGCGGUGACCCUGCUGGCCGGCGUGCUGAUCACGACCAUCGUGGUGGAUGUUGUCGGGAACCUGCUGGUCAUCGUGUCCGUGUUCAGGAACCGAAAACUCAGGAAAGCAGGUAGGGGGUUUUCCCGGGGAGGAUCCGAGCAAAAGUUCCAAAACAAGUCAAGGGAUCACGAUUUAGAGCAGUGGUUUCCUCGAGUUUUGUUUUCAUUUGCAAACAUGUCUCUUUCAAUUCAAAUAGUUCACAUUUAGUUCAUUUUCCUGCCAUUUAAACUCUGGUGACACUAAAAGUAAAUAAAAAAGGAAAGAAACAGACGUGAACUCAUUUUUAUCACCAAAGAAUGAACUAAUCUUGUGUUUUUUGAGGGAAUAUUACAAAAAAAGAGUCAAAAAAAGAGACAUAUGACGAAUCAAAAUGUAUUUCUUUUAUUUCAUUUGCGUACAAACUGUUUCAUACUACUACAGAGUUGGUGUCAUUGACAGAAAUCAAACUGAACCUCGAUCUUCUUGUCUGUGAAGGAAACUGCACUUUGAUGCAAAUGACUGACCUUCUAUAAACCGGUUCGGUUCUAAGAACUUGUGAGUUCUCCGUUUUUUAUGAAUAAGAAUUUGAUUCAUGUCUCUGAGCCUCUUUAAAAGCUCUCAUUGAGAAAAUCAGAUGAGCUGAUUUUUUAACCCUUUAAGACAUGGACCAAUUUUAGGGGGCUCCCGACUCCCUCACAUUUGUUUUGUUGUUGUGCCAAAGACCAUUUCAAUCAGGACGACCUCAGGUGUCAAUCAAUCUAAUUUAAGUCUUAUUUAAAGUUUGAUUUGUGCUGGUACUUACCACAGAUAAGGCUACAUAUUAUUUACGUGCACAAUGUCAACACCAGCUUUGAGCAUCAACAUGUUUUCGUUGAAUAGGACCAGACAAACUUCAGUUCUGUUUGACCCGUAAGUAUGGAGAGUUAGUGGUGUGUCGGUUGUGACAGAGGGCGGAGCAGAGAGACACUUCACCUGCAAAUCCAGAACCUUCCUGCACUGAUGAGGAGGUUUGGAUGAGUUUGUAGGAAACAAUCGCAAAGUAACUUCUCAUUCUUCUGCUUUUUCCGAUUUCUUUACUUUUCACUCUCUCUGGUAACACUUACUUUUUAAAGACCCACACUUUUAUUAACAGGUUAUCGUGGUUUUCAGUUGAAUCAAAUCAAAAGAUUCUGGAUUUUUAUCGUUUUUUUAAGCACCUGGUAUCGAAAAGUGUCAAAGUUUCAAAACUUGUGACCUCUGUAGUUCGAUGUAUAGACGUGUUUAAAAUGUCAGAACAGCUGUUUGUAACGCUUGUGAAGCACAGGUGAUGGGAAACCAACAAAACAAACAUAUUUUCAAUACUAUUAGUUUAAUGUGAAUCUAAAACACUGUCACCAAGAGUUUCUAAAGAGUUUCCUGUUUGCAGUCUACGUCAGUCAAAUCUAAGAAAUACGACUGCAGCUUUAUCCCUGAAUACUAAAAGUAGGGCUGUACGAUUAAUUGAUUUUAAAUCGUUAUCGGAUUAUUUGAUUACCACAAUGUCAAAAUAAUUAAAAUCCUCAAAUUGAUUUUCCUCUCUAUCAUGUCAUGUGCGUCCAGGCCACUGUAGGCUCCUCCCCCUUCCUACAGGAGCGCUCCCCAGUUCCGACACACACCGGUGUAAACAAACAUGGCGUUUGCAAAAGAAGGCGAUAAUUUCGUGGCUAAGUUGGACAAGAGUGAGUCAGUCGUGUUGAAUUGGUACGACUUCACAGUUUCAGAUGAAGAGUAACCCACUCCCCACUGCAAAGUCUGUCUGAAGGUGGUAUUAACCCGUCACCAUGGAAACGCAAAAGUUUUUUGACGUAUUGCCAUUUCAUCCACAUGAAAACGGCGUUUCUAGUCAUUGUAAACGGAAGCUUUUGAAAACAGGUCAGACGGUACAGAGUACAUCUCCGUGUGGAUGUCUAUCUGCAUCUCUGGAAACGAUCAUGUGACACACAGAGUAACUCUUUUAUGGCGCCAAAACAACCUUGAUACACAUGCUCUGUACUCUUCUUCUGUCUUUUGUUCAUAUACUGUGCAGCAUUACAGCGCCACUUACUGGCUUGGCAUAUGCACUACAUUGUUUUCAGUGGUUUUGUUUUGAGUGAUGAUAGAAAAACUUUUUAUUUUUGGUGAAGUUGUGACUCAGUAAAAAAUUGAAAAUCGAAUUUCAGAGAAAAAAGAAUUGUGUUUUUAUUUUUGGCGAAAAUCGUGUAGCCCUACGUUACAGAUAGUCAGUUGUCUUCUUGUGAGGUGAUCCUUCUGUCUCCAUCUUGGUCUUCUUCUCUUUGGCUUCAUGCUGAACAGAUCUCUGCUGAUGUUUUACUCCAGGACUCUUGGACGGGAGGUUUGCUUGGUCCUGUCGGUGAAUAAGAACAGAAACUCCACUCAGACUUUUGGCUCUGACUUUUCAGUCUCUGUUUCAAGGACUUUUGGAAGAGCAAAGAAGUUCAGGCAUGGUUGGUGACUCACUGUAAAUCAAUGUGUAAAUCUGAUAGUAGCCACAGCUGAUUGAGGACUACAAGCUGUCAGGAGCGCCGUCGUGCAUAAAUAAGCCGUCCACUUAGGAUCCUUCAAACAUAACACUGCAGAAGAAAAACGAAAAAAAUCAAUCAGGCUCCUAAUUGUUAUCUUUCACUCAGCAGCAUGCUCCGGCAGAGCCAUCUGAAGCAGCAGAUAUCACAUUAAAAGCACUUAGAGAGGCCAGGAAGCUCCUUUGCUCUCAAACAACAAUUUAUGAAUAUUGAUGAGUUGUUUGGCGCUCAUCAUCUCUGCAAUCCUGCAGUCAUAACUUCCUGAGAAGCUCUCAUAUUAAUAGUUCAGGUGAGGAAAUCAAUCCUCUCACAGUAUCACCCCUCACACUCCCUCUACCCUUCAGUCAAACCUGUUGACGAGAGGACGCGGUUUGGACUGAAGGUUCAGAGGUCAGCGGGUCGGAUCCUAAACCAGCUGCAGCAGAACGAGCAGCAUGGAGGCUGUUUUCUCCUCCAUAAAAGCCUGAAUUAGCAGCUGCAAAGUGGAAACACUUAUCCCAUUUUCUGUGUAAAUGGACCCUGAGAUCAACAGGAGGUUGUGCUGGGAAGAGGCGAUGGUGGGGAAUGAAAAAAACAGUCACCAGAUGCUGGAAACUGUUCAGAAAGCAGGAUUUUGAGUCAUCGGAGUGAUGAAAUUUGAUCGUUUUAGAGCAGAUGUUUGACUUCAGUGCAAAGCUGUGGAGAAAGUUCAGCAGUCAUCAUGUCAGGUGUCGUGUUUUUGGAUGUUUGGGUGUUUUUAAAAGAGCAGAAAAGUAGAAUAUUUGAUCUGCUGUGAAGGUUUUUCUGCUGUGGUGGUUUCACCUCUCCAGAGGCAGCAUGAAGCAGCAGGACCAGACAGACUGAAGAUGACCCGCUUUAAAUACCGAGUCAGAGGAUUGUGAUGAGCUCUGAAAAUAUCGUCUUCCAGGUUCGGCUCACCUGGCGAUGAAAUGUGAUCUUGCAUCAACAAGGAUUGUUGUAUUUUCAAAAUUAAGCAGACGUUUUUGUGUUUUUUCACGGUUUUACUCCUACUGUAUGUAACAAAGUGGAGAGGACGAGCCCAUUAAAGCUUUUACUACCUGGUGGUCGUGAUUCUACUGCUGCAGGAAAUCAGAGUAUGUGAAGUUUGACUGUUUCUACUAAAAACAAACUCUCUGCAGAAAGAAAUCAGCCUGAAGACAUGAAGCAGGUUUUAGUUGGUAAGAUUUAAGGUGUAAACAAUGUUUUCACAGCUGCUCAAACAUCUAAACUUGAAGAGGGGAGGUUGAUGGCACGCUGGUUUGGCUCAGUCGGUAGAGCAGGUGCUCCACGUUCAGGGCUGGUGUGCUCUUAAACACCUGACUGUUGCAUGAAGACCUCAUGCUGCUGGUCUCCUUUGGGGUUUCCCGCUCUGAUUCAGGUGCAGACCUAAAGAGCAAACUUAAUAAUGAAGAACAACAGGAGAGGUAGAUUGUCUUCUCCGGGUCAGAGGGGAGGUCCUGCCUCAAGUGAAGGAGUUCAAGUAUCUCAGGAUCUUGUUCAUGAGUGAGGGUAGGAUGGAGCGGGAGAUCGACAGGCGGUUCGGAGCGGCGUCAGCAGUGAUGCGGACGCUUAACCGAUCAGUCGUGGUGUAGAAAGAGCUGAGCCGUAAGGCGAGACUCUCCAUUUACCGGUUGAUCUACUUGCCGAUCCUCACCUAUGGUCAUGAACUUUGGGUAAUGACCGAAAGAACAAGAUCGUGGAUACAAGCGGCUGAAAUGGGUUUCCUUCGCAGGGUGUCCGGGCUCAGCCUUAGAGAUAGGGUAAGGAGCUCGGACAGUCGGGGGGCGCUCAGAGUAGAACCGCUGCUCCUCCACGUUGAGAGGAGUCAGCUGAGGUGGCUCAGGCAUCUGGUUAGGACGCCUUCAGGACGCCUCCCGUUAGAGGUGUUCCAGACAUGUCCCACCGGGGGGAAGACCUUGUGGAGGGAUCAAAUCUCUCGCCUGGCCUGGGAAUCCCCCCUGGUGGAGCUUGUGGAAGUGGCUGGGGUGAAGGCCUUCUGUCUGGGCUCCCCUCCUGAAGCUGCUGCUCCCACGACCCGGACCCGGAUAAGCGGAAGAAAAUGACGACGACGAAGAGGAGAGACAUCUUUUUACAUUGACACAAAAUGCACAAAACGCAAAAAUGAAAACAAGUCGUUGUGUUACUUUGGUGCACACUUUGCUGUGGUUGUUGAAUCUUUGGUUUGGUUGCCUGGCAACUGUUGCCUCCAGGUUAAACAUGAAGAGCAUGCAAGAGUUAGUUAACAGGGAAGUUUUGAUGGUUAUAAGGCGACACAGGAGUAGGUUGAGUCUGGGACGAGCAUAAAGAGUGACAUGAUGAUAGCGGUGAUUCAGAUGCUGGUGAUGAUCCGUCAUUGUCCGAGGAAGAGGAGGAGGACAGUGACUUCUUCUGGGAGGAAGCUUGUGGCCUCGCUGUGCCGCCAUGAGCCAAAAAAGUGGGGAGAUUAGAGACUUUAGGGACAAAUAGAGGCUGUAAGGGAGUUUGCUGAUCAUCUCUCUGACGUCUGUCUCUAAAAGGCUCGACAGUAAUACGCUUUCAUCCCUCCCACGUCGGUGCCUUAGUUUCCCUCAGUGUGAAUCAAACAGAGAGCUUUCCAAGCGGCAGUCUCUGGUCUUGAGAAAUGAAACCAGUGUGGAGGUGUAAAAAAGCUGCAGUUCCUUAGGUGUCCACUUGGGACAGGCUGCAACAGUUCCAGUAAAUACAUGCCUGUUUGAAAGAGUCAAUGUUUACUCCAGCCUGCCUGUUCCCCCUGUUUUCUGCCCUGUUCUACGGUGGCCCUGAGGUGCAAAUCAGAAAACACACAACAUAAGAGAAAACACAAGGGAAAAGAGACGGUCAAACCAGCGGACACUAAAAUUAAAAUUAGAGUGUGUGUAGUCAGAGAUGACUUCUGCUCAUGUACAUUAAUAUUGCCUGAAAUUAUGGGUCAGUCACGUGUAUUUUCAUAACAUUAGGAUAUCAGAAAUUCUCCAUUUACUGUUUCUAGCAUCUUAUUUUGAAAGGCAGAACUCCUAAUAGUGUCUGCUCACUCGUUUGGGAUCGUUUGAAUGCAUUUACCGUAAAGGUUAGAAUACGCGGGUACGCUAAUUUUAGUGUCCGCUGGUUUGACCGCAGUCUCUUUUGUUGUUGUGAUUUGUACCUCAGGGCCACCGUACUAUCCCAUCAAAUAAAAGCUGAAAAAGUUUUAAAAAUUAAUAAAAUAAAAAAUUGGGUCUGAAUGGAGCAUGUUUUUUUUUUUAUCUGCACAUGCUGCACAGGUGUUAAAGUUUGAAUACUUGAUCAGUUUACUUUUGAUUUUGUCACGAUUAGGAGCACGGCUGUCUUCACUGAGGGAGAGGCUGAGGUGAUGGAGGUGGAGGUGAAAGUUAGGUUGAGUCAGCAGUUUACACCGUCUAUGUGGGCUUAAAGGGGGCUUUAAGAGACUAACGGCACUCAGACCAGGCUCAUGUUUUAUUAAAGUGUGUGAGGGAUCUGCAGAGGAGCCGGGUUAGAAAGAGAAGUUAACGUGGUGUUCGUGUUUUUCCAGAUUCCCAGACUUUUUACGAAGCUUCAUCUGUUUGACACCCAACCUGACAUGUGAGUGGACGCUGUGGAUGGAGGCGGUUUAUCAAACUUGUCAACCAUUCAGAGCGAAUUGACACCUGAAGAGUGACAGGAGAAGAGGAAAUAGUGUGAACUGAAUUCAACUAAUAACUGAAUUACCCUUCAGGGAAAAAUAAAGUUCUUCUUCUUCUUUCAGUGAUGGUUUAAAUAGAGGAUCUGAGUCCUGGUCUUGAAUCUACAACACUGUUUUACACGAUGUCUGAUCUGUACGACUCCUCAUGGUUUCCAACUUCAUGCAGUUUCAUGAAAAUCUGUGCAAGAGUUUAAAAGACCCAUCAAUAAUAAAACAGUCAUAAAGAAGCAGGUAUGGGAGGGUGCAGUUGGCAAGUUCGCGGCUUCAUUUUCUUUAUCUCAUUUUAAGAUAAUUUUCUGACACCUGAGCCUCCCAGUCACGCGCCGCAGCUCCACGCCUGUCCCGAUGACGAAUUAGCAUGGCGAUAAAUCAAUACACAAACAGCCGUACGCUGUCACCGCCUUCAGCUCGUCAAGGCUGUCCCGGACGCAUCAGUCAAAAACAGACAGGUCAUUUGUUUCCCACCUGCUUCCAUCAGUCCGGAGGUUUCCAGCUUCCUGGGAGUCUGGCGGUGAAAAUGUAACGAUCGGAGGAGGAAAACUGGAUGAAUUGUUCACCGCUCUCAUCUAUUCCUCAUGCCACCUCCUCAUUCAUCUGAUCCCCCUUCCUGUCCUUUCUUAUCUCUUUUUUUUCUAACCUUCCAGCCUUUUCUCCGGUUUCUGCAUCUUCUCAAUUCAUCUCCCGCCUUUCCAAUCCUGCCUCCCUCCCUGAUCCUGCCGCUCUUGUCCUUUUCGUUUGAUUCAUUCCUCUACAACCCUCUCCUCACCUUUCCUCCACGUUUCUGCCUUUUCAAUCACUCGCCCCCUCCUCUUAAUUACUUUUCUCUUCCCUCCUCUCCUGUUCCGCUCGCUCUCUCAGAUUUUCCCCUCUCCUCUUCGCCCUGUAAACUAUUCUCCUCUGCUCGCCAUUAUAAUGUCGUCCCCCACAUCCAUCCAUCUCCCCCUCCCCCUCCAUCCUGUCAGAGAUACAUCACCUGAUCAUCAGCAGAGUCCUGUCAUGAUUCAUUUUGUCAGCGUCCCCAGAUCUGCGCCAAACGGAUUACCUUCAUUCAUAAUCCGCCAUCGGUAGAUCAGCGAGAAAUACGCCUGAUGUCACUAAAGUGGGAUAUCAGUUCAUGGAAAGCAGGAACAGCUGUCGACACUUACUGCUCUGGUGAAAUGCAUCUGAUGUGUGUUUUCAUACAUGACUUACACACAUUUUUCAGUGUUGGUUGAUUGGUGGCUUAAUGAUUUUGGUCAAAAAUAAAAUCCAGAUUUUUUUUUCUCUGAAAAUACGAUUUUUGAUUUUUAUUUUUUAUUCAGUGACAACUUCAUCAAACUUCACUUUAAAAAGAAAAAGUUUCUCUAUCAUCUCUCAAAACAAAACCACUGAAAAUGAUGUAGUGUAUAUGCCAAGCCAGUGAGUGGCGCUGUAAUGCUGCACAGGAAAUGAACAAAAGACAGAAGAAGAGUCAAAGCAAACGUAUAAAUGUUGUUUUGGCCGAACACGCGAAGGCGCCAUGAAAGAUUUACGUUGUUUACGUUACGUUGUGUUGUUGAGAGGAAAAUCGAUUUGAGGAUUUUAAUUAUUUUAACAUCGUCAUAAUCAAAUAAUCUGAUUAUGAUAUAAAAUCGGUUAAUCGUGCUGCUCUAACUGUUGGAUGUCUAAACUAAACCUUGCCGAAGCUUCAAGACAAUCAGACACACACACACGUUGAAGCUGCAGACCUCCAUUGAGACGACCCGAGGUGACGUUUUUUCUUACACGCUUCUGUUUGUUUGAAAUGGGAAUCCCAUGUUGUAUUUUGUCUUUGUUGAAAACAAAAAUAUCAAACCAACAUUAUAAACAUCAGAGAAAAAAAUUAUAUUCACAUGAAACAAAAAAUACGUACUGCCCCGUGUAAUCGCUCCGCUCUGUGGAGGUCUGCUGCCAGCCUCUCUCCAUGGAGAUGUUUUCUGGGUUCUCUAAAUGUGACAUCAGGCUCUUCCGUCCAAUCAGGAUGACCCGGACUCUGUAUCAGAUGGCUUUACCGUGAACUUUGAACUCAUUACAAAGUUAAUCACCAAAGUGAAGACAAGAGUCAAAAAUCAACGCUAUGUGAGAUGUUUUACAGCCAACCUUGGAAAAUAGGGUUAGUUAGGUAAGAAAUAUUGGAGCGUAUCACUUAUAAGUCAAGAAGAGUUUACAGAAGCUGUUAUGGAUGUGCAGUAUUUAUGUAUACCACUGAAAACAUAAGCGUGUGAAUGACAUGGUUGGAAGAUUACUGGUUUGGGUUUAAACAAGUUAAUUAUUCCAUCAGCGCAGCGACAUGUUUUGACUCGUCUGACAGCCGCACUCGGCUCUCAGUGGAGUUGACACUUCCUAGCUGGCUGACCGGCCUAAUUAUCCGGAUCAGAGUCUUUGUUGCUUCUUAAUCUGCAGAAAAACUCAGCGUGAAAGCUAAAAAUCAAUCAUUCAGAUGCCUGAACGAGUCGGACAGUUUUUUAUUGAUCCAGAGGCGGGUAGAUCAGUGAUUUUCAACCUUUACUGAGUCCCACCUGGACAGAUUAAUCCACAGCAGAAGAGACCAGCGAUGAACUCUAAAUGUCACCCAGAUCUGUUCAUGAACUUGGAUUUUUUAGUCCAUCGAUGCUUCAUUCACUGCUGAUUAUUCUGUGUCCGAUCCUCAUGAGUCACAGUCUGUGCUUCGGCUGUUUGAAAGUGAUGAAUCCACAGAAGUUCAGUGCAGCUUUUGCAGCGUUUACACCUGCUUAAAGGAACAUUAAAGAACAUCAAACUUCUCAAAUCACCUGCUCAGACUGAAGCGUACACCUAAUGUGCCCUGAAGUAAGCUGCAUCUCAGCGCCGCGGUGCUGUUAGCGGGUCACACUGAUACACUUUAGCUCCUCUCUUCUAUGCAAAUGAGCCUAAUGGCCAAACGCAUUUGGAGUGAGAGCUAAUAGCAUCGUCAGACGGUUGGUGGUAACUGCAGGAGGAAGAGGUGUCCGCCUCAGACUUCUCACAGUGAUUGUAAAUCUCUUUUGACGAAAAAGUUUUUAAACUUCUCAGGAAACUUUGUUCAUUUUUCCCGGACGUGGAAAAAAAAGAGUCAAACAUCUGUUCUGGCUCAUCAAGUGAAUCUGCAAGUUCGCUUUGUCUGCUUACUAGUUCAGCUAUCCCAUCUUUAAAUCAUAUAUCAUAUCCAUUAAAAGCAGCUAUUUUGCACUAAGAAAAAACAUGUUUCCUGCAGAGUGAGACUCAGGCCCCGUUUAUACGUACCCGGUUAUUUUUAAAAACAAAGACAUUAACCAUCGUUUGCACACCUUCGUUUAGAUGCAAACGGAGAAUUCGCCUCUGAAAACGACGCUUUUUAAAAACUCCGACCAGAGUGGAGAUUUUGGAAAUCGCAUGUUUGCAUGAAAAGUGAGAUUUAAGUAGCUGAUGGCGGAUUGUGCGCUGAAAACUGGGUUAAAUGCGACGUUGUUUACAAUCUACAGUGAUCAUGGAUGCAUGUAGAAUAGAAGUCGCAUUUAUUCUGGUGCAAUCCCUCUGUAUUUGUUUGCAUUUGCAUCUUUUCCAAAAGAAGGUAGUGACGUUGUUGUUGUUGUUGCUGCUAUGCAGGAUUCUCAUUGGCCAACGUGGGCUUGAGCUUUAUGCUACACUGCCACCUACAGAUUAGGCAUGCUCUUGACGGCGUAUAUACACGGGUUAGUGUAAACGAAAACUUUUCUGAAUACGUAGUGGUGUGAACGCAGCUUUUUUUGUGUAAACAGAGAAGGUGAAAUGUCUGUUUAUGAAAAUAGCUGGGCGCAUGUAAACAUAGUCUCAAAUUGUGUUUGGAAGAAGAUCGGAGAAAAAACUGGGGCUAACAUAUCAAUCAAAUGACGUCAUAAAUCGGUGCAACACAUGACAAACUGGUGGCAUUCAAGAUAAACAAGAACAACAAGCAAUGAAAGACAAGAAAAAAGACAAAGGUCAUCUCUAUGCAUUUAGUGUUAACAUGUUUAUAUCGAGUUAUAGUUUGUCAUAAGUUUACAGACAUGAUUUACCUUCAAACUGUCUGUAAACCUGCUAAUUUCUCCUGUGAAGUUGAACCUUUUCACACCGAAAUGCAGCAGGAUCCACUUUGUAACUUGACUGGAUAACGCUUCAAAAACCUUCGAACAGUAAGAAUGUCGAGCUCCCUUAAAAAACGUCAGAGGUGAACUUCUUUAAAAAUCAAUCUUGAAGUCGGUAAUAUCUAUAGGUGAUAAAUAAAUAACAGCCGUCCCUCACAGAUGGAGUUUGGUUGCUUCUAAGUCGACGGAUGGUUCCAUCAAGAUGAGCAGAUGGCGGUUCUCCGGGUGUUUCUUCAAUCCUGAACCAACCGGUCUGACAGCUGGAAACCAGCAGGAAAGAGAGGGGGGUCUAACAGAGAAAUACCACACACUGGGGGGAUUUUCUGCAAAGACAGAGCCCACAGUGCUUCUCUGACCUUCAUUUCCAUCUCCUCAUCUCACGGCGCAGCAGACUUCACUCCCAGGAACUCUGAUGGGUCUCAACAAGCCCUGAAGCUCCAAACUAAUGGGACUUAUUAUGUAAAUGCGUGAGCUCUCUGCAGAAGGUGACGCAGUUUGAAACGAUGUGAUGACCCCAUUAUGAACAUUCAUUAACAGAUAUACAUUCAGAAGCUAUAAAAGUUUACGGGGGGUUAUAAUGUUGGAUUAUCUCUCAAAGAACUGGAUUUAUCUAAACUCUUGAAAUGAAGGUUUAGACAUCCAAAACAAACUAAAGGAACAGUUUGUGAAGAGAUCAUCAUAUUCAGCUUCAGAGGAUUACAAAAGUUUUAAAGACCUACAAUAAGAAGCAUCAUCGCACUGAAAGAAAGAGUUCAUUCAUGAAUCGGAGUUUAGUCUGAUCCAUCUGAAGGGCUUUCAAUGACCAUCUACCUGACAGAUCCAACAUUCAGUGACUGCACCGUCCGAGCAAGGUCACAGCUGUCCGGCAGGGACAGAAAUACUUUUAGAAACCUCCCUCUGGGUUUUUAGAUAGCACACCUUCAUAAAUACAGAGAGGGACAGCAGGUUCAGCUUUUAAAGCAGAGAUGGAUGAAGGAUGGAUGAAGGAUGAACGUGUGGAUGUACGACGUGGUUUCACUGAUGAGCGCCUCCAUGUUUAAUGAGGACCUAAUCAUCUCUGGGCUUCUUUCAUGAUUACCGAGCACGAGCAAAUGAUCCAAUGUCAACAGGAGCUUUGACGUUCUCUGAUUUUUUUGCUAGAUGCAGAUAAAAAAACACGUACCGCACCUUUAAAGGAGAGUCAGCAUUUGAGAGUUUUAUUUGGUAAAUUUUUUAUUCUGUUGAACACUGUCUAACCCCCAAUUUCAACCGCAUCUGGAAUGGUGACGAAAAGGCCUCAUUCGCCGAUCGCAGCUGAUCGUAACCUUUAGAGUUAACGUGUCAAUUUCCACCGGCUUCUUUCCAUUCCGCUGCGGAUCACCGGACUCCGCAGCUGAUCGCAAGAGUUCCGUUUUUCCCUGCAGCAUGCCAAAUAAAUUCAGCACAGAUUAACCCGUGCUGGAAAGGAAGUCGGGCACAGACACAAAAUAAAACAUCCGGCCACACCACGCAAACGGGCGGGGACGAACAAGUGAAAGGUUCAUAGACGUCAUUUUACGCGUUGACACCGUGGAUGAGGAGAUGCUGAUUCUAGAAGUCUAGAAGUGGAUUUCCUCCUCUGAAAGGACACAAUCUACUGCUUAUAUGGUUAGCCUAUGUGGCUGUCUUUAUAGACAACUUGUUAUCGCGCGAUUGCACGUGAAUCCGCGGGUUCUUGUGAGUUCUCUUGAUUCCUACUGUCUGUAAUCCGCCACGAAAUUCUCCUCACAAAGAGAUCCGGUAGGAAGUGGCGGACGGUGAAAACUGCCACCGUUCCACAUCGGAGCCGUUCCGGAUGCAGCAAAAAUUGAGAGACAGAGUACUAGUGGAAAAAAAUGGCUCUUGGACUUCUCUGGACCGAAACCGUUUUAGUCUGGUUCCUGAAUGGAAAGGCAGAUCCAUGCGGCCUCAAGGAUCCAGACUUUCUGAGUUUCUGAGUUUGAUGUCCAUUAUUUAAAAACUACGGGUUGAGUGACAGAGAAAAUGCAAGGCUGCAGGUUUUGAGUUGUUGAAUUAUGUCCCUGUCUCAUAAAUGUUUGAAAGGAUGAAUUGACUUGUUGAGUAAACGCUCGGCCGUAUUAAUGCCGUGUAACCUUUGACUGAUGUUAUAAAUGGAGUCGGUGCGUAAUGGCUGAUUUGGCACUGUUGGAGGAUUAUGUCAUGGAGAGGAUUAAAGAGACUCAUCCAUCAAGAUGACUUUCUGAGUGGCUGUUUUAUAUUUCUGAACAGUCAUUGUGUGUGUUGAGUCCAGAUUUACAGAAGGAUCUAAUUAGACGGAGCAGGUCUGAGAGCAGGUCCUGAUCCCUGCUGGUUCUCUGGAAAACAGAGACAAAGAGAGUCAGGGAGACUAAAAUAAAGGUUUAUUCUGUGUUUUACUGCCAGGGAAUAAACUCAUAAUUGAGACAGACUUUUUAUAGGACUGCUGCUGGUUCCUAAGGCAUCACUGCAAACCCUGUGAUCGCCCUUUUACAGUCUACGCUGCACAGUCUAAGUGUUCAGUAGCUGACAGAAUCACUGCGCUCCGAUCCUGAUCAGAGUCACCCAAGAGGACCUCAUCCACAUCAGGUUCUCUACAAGUUAGUACAGGCGGGACAUGAGUGAGCCGAGCUGCAUUCUAAAGGCCGGUGCUACAAAGCGUGCAAAAGUGUGCUUUAAGUUUAGUUUAGAGAUUUAUAAAAACAGGGAUUUUUAGAUAGUAUUGAAGUGACACUGAUGGACUUGUGCUCAGAGUUCAGCUUGUUUGAAGUCAUGCUGUUGAGACCCGAGCGUUGAAAUUUCAGGACUGUGUCCAAAAUUCAGAUUUUCAUGCUUGUGAAAACUGAAAAACUGUCAAAUCUCUCUCUUUAUUUUAAUACCACUGAUGGUGGAAAAACUUUGUGAUCCUUAUUGAAAAGAGGACCGUGGCUGAUAUUUCUGUGAAAGGAAAUAUAUAAUUGUGGUAAAAACUGGAUAAAAAAAAUAAAAAUGUGUGUUAGUCAGUUUUUGAGUUAGCCGAGUUAGCUUUUAAAUUGUCAGGAUGAUUUACAGUUGGGCUUGAAUGAAAGACAAGAAGGUCUUCUUUGACACCCUGACUAUCAGCCUAAACUGGGAUAUAUACUAGCGUAAUUAAAUGCAGUUUUAAUCAGACGUGGGACAAACGUGAAGCACGAUGACCACCAGAGGGCGCUGUUAGGAUUAAAACAUUCUUCUGACUAAAAAAAAAGGUCAGGAGGGUCAGACAAAGACAACAAUCAUGGCAACAAUGGAGGAGAUAAUGAAAGAGAGGAACACCAUCAGAGCCAGUGGGACAAUUUAAUACUUCACUGAUCCACGAGAGCGAAAAGAAGAAGAGUUCUUACUGCAGCAGGCUUUACAAACAGCUUUAAAAACAGUUUUACAAACAGCUUUACAACCAGCCAACAUGGGAUUUACAGUGACGGUCCAAGCUCUGUAACAGCCCACAACAUGAAGUCCCAGCCUCCUUCUCCCACACGUCUGAAGUCUGUUGAGCUCGACCUGAUCUCCACCGCCUCGUCCUGCUGCAGCUCACCUGCUCCAGGUCUCAGACAGUCCGGUGAGCAGCCGCAGCCUCCUGAUUAAUUCCGUCUCAUUUCCUUUAACCGCUCAGACGCUUCAUCAUCUCGUAUAAUUUAUGUCUGUUUGUAUUUUCAGGGCCGGUGAGAGCGCCCGGCUGCUGCCUGAGGCCUUUAAGAUACAACAACGCGGCUCAUCUUUAACCCCAAACCUUCAGAUCCAGACUCUGAAAAUAAAUUUGUUUGUACGAAUUUAUCUGCAGCGUUUGUUUCUUUCUUGGAGAAGAAACGAGGGCAUCCAAAAUGCAGCCGUACAACUUCUCACACCUGUAAUUUCAGCGUCAUACACUCUCCUCUACAGGAGAGCAGCUGCUCAAAGUUUGGAGAACUUUCAUGGAGAAGUCGUUCUGUAUUUAAAGGAGUUUAUAAUCUGAGUGUUUACACUGCUGACUGUGUUGCAUUGCUUUCAAACGUCAUCAUUUCAGCCGCUUUAAAUGAGUCAGUUUUGGUCACUCUGUCCUGAUGAAGACCUCUUCUUCCUUUGCUCCAUGUUUUCCUCAGUUCAGUACUCGAAAAUAUAGAUUUUUUCCCUUGAGUAUCUCUUGAAACACCGAUAAGAAACAAAGACCUAUUAGCCCCCCUGGUUUACCUGCAGCUCUCUCAUUAGCCUCAAUUUUCUGCACCAGCACUAACAAUCCUUUCUCUAAUUACUGAAGUCCUUCAUCGAUCAGACGUCGGAAAAGUUCAGUGUUUACCUGCUCCAGCUGCAGCUCAGAGGUUCUGCAGGAGCAUUAAGCUUUGACCAGGUCGUAUAUAAACAGGUGGUUUCUGUGGUUGACCAGAUUCAGUCCGUCAAUUAGGAUGCAAAUUCACCCUUUUGUCCACGUGGUUGGGCCCGGACAUGGAGCUGAUUUAGGAAGAACAACAAAAACUCUAUAAAUCAGCUCUUUAGUACCUUCUCAACUGCAGUCAGAGUAAAAGACAAAAAGCAGUACAGAUGGUGAACUUAACUGAGCAUUCAGCAGCUAGAUAUGUUUCCCUCAGGGGUAAAGACUGAAAUUAGGGCAAAUGGAGAGUGAAUCUAAGACCUGUACUCACCAAGAGGCAGAAACUCGACUCAGAUUUGGGAUAUUUUGCUCUUGACUGAGAGGAUAUCCAUUUCAUGUUCAGUCCUUUCUCUCUCUCCAGUGCUAUUCCAGGUUUAGUCUUACGGGGGCGCUCACACCAAGCAUGAGUCAAAUUAUCUGCUCGCGUAAUUCGCACUAAUCUAGAAGCAUGUAUGAUAGUAUUUAAGGUAAUUUCAGCAGUAAUCCCUGCCAAUUCAACCAGCCGGAUCACGUGAUAGACAAAUGUUUUUUACAGUUUACUGGGUAAUCCAACCUCCUCACACACUCACCUUCAGACGAGUUCCUUUUAUUCCGGUUUCAGUAAUUGAAAGAAAAGGUAUCAUAUAAUUAGGGGCGCCCACAACCGUCCGUUUUCGUACGUCACUCGGCAACCUUCGUGCUGAUUGGUUAUCGUGAUGCGAAUAUCCGCUCAAGUUGAGACAUUUUCAGUUCCCGCCCAAUUUGUGUAAUUCGCGCCGCCAGAGUAGUAGGAGCGUCAUUCGCGUGAAUGAUUUUACUCGCACUCAGUGUGUGGAGACGGUUGGUCUUGGUCUUGUUAAACUAGCGUUGCCUUGGUAACCGGUUAAGUCUCUGUCAAUGACUCCCAUCAGGAAAAGUUUGAGUCAAAAUAAGUGAAAUGCAUGAAGGUGAGACGCAGAGUGAACAAGAAAAGUUAAAAUCAACCGAAACCUUCUCUUCUCAACAUCAUCAUCACCUCAUCUUCGUCAUAGAGAAUCGGAUUAUAAAACAUUAUCGCAAAAAAAGUGUGAGUUGGUUAAAUUAAAUGCCAAGAAUCAAAUAAAAGAAGAAAAUUAAAACAGAUUUUUGGUUGUAAAUCUUUCUUCUGGUUAAAGCUCCUGUGACAAACUUUGGUUUGUGUCAAUUUUGGCGCCCCCUGUGGACAAAGCAGCCUUUAACAAGCUUCAAUAGACAUCUCAUUCACCUGAAUUUUGACCGCCAAAUACUCACAUUGAAAACCCAUCAGUCUUGUCACUGAUGGUCGUGUUUGUUUUUCAGUUUCUUUUUCAUAGAGGUGGAAAAACUCCUCACAGGAGCUUUAAUCUGAACUCACCGACUGUCAGAUUCGAGCUCCGUCUCUGACGCCGAGCCUCUAAAAGUUCUGUGAGCUGAAAAUCCUUCGUCAUGACAAUAUUCUGGUAUGAUCCAGAAAUGUCAGCAGCGGGUGAGUCAGACAGAAAAGCGUCUAUUUUCUCCUCCAGACAGGAACUGGAUUUCUUUGUGUCUCUGUGUGUGACAGCAGUGUUUGCUGUCGCAUUUGAACAAGAUACAAACGGCGGCAGUCGGAGCUUCUGUCGGGAUCACACAGAGCUGAACACGCACUCACACACCCACACUGAGAGACACAAACGAAACACACAAACCAAAACAAGCAGGAUCUCACUUCAGAUGUUUCUUCAUGCUGACAUCUGUCUGUGUUUGUGGGACAUGCUGCUACAGUAACUCCAGAGAAACACCCCACCGGAGGAACUUUUGAAAGUUCACGGCGCUGAUCCGUCUCCAGAACAGAUCAUCUGAUUAGAUAGUGGAGUGACUCGCAGCAUAAAUUAGCAUCUCAAUUCGCCAAAGCCUGAUGUCUUUGAAACUACUUUGAGUUCUCGGAGCACUGAGGAGGCAAAGAUCACAUCGCUCUGAUAUAAAUCUCUGCACAUCAUCCGUGUUAAUGAAGAGGCUAAUCAGCAUAACUGCUCUUGUUUAAUUUAUCAUGCUGGAGCGUUAAUAACUCUUGUUGUCUGACUUUGCAGAGCUGAAAAGUCUGAAAGUAUCAGCGUAUUUUCUUCCACAUGAAGCUUCGAUGUUUUCUGAUCCCCUCGAUCUUUAAAGCGACUGUCCUUCGAAGAAGACAGAGAGCAUCAGCCGACAAGUCUGUUAGCCGCAGGAUCUGAAUACUUCUUGUUGACCAUCUGUCUGUCUGACCGUUUGACACGACCACAAUGACUCCAGACCGCCAUGACCCACUCAUCCUCACUGAGCUGAAACUUAACCAAAGCGGUCGAAUCAACAAACAAAGAACCUCGCUUUAAAGAAGUUUGGAUGCUUGAGAACUGCGAGACACUGAGUGUUGAAGCUUCAGAGGUGGAAGUCUUUCCAUUCUUGCUUGAUGGACAAAAAUAAAUUCCAGAUUUUUUUUUUCUCUGAAAACUUGAUUUUCCAUUUCGAUUUUUUAUUCAGUGACAACUUCAACAAACUUCAUUUCAAUCAUAAAGUUUUUCUAUCAUCUUUCAAAACGAAACCGCUGAAAACAAUGUAGUGCACAUGCCAAGUGGGUAGGUGGUGCUGUGACGCUGCACAGGAAAUGAACAAAAGACUGAAGAAGAGUAGAGAACAUGUGUAUAAAGGUCGUUUUGGAAAUGACGUCUAAAAACCUUUCACUUGUUCGUCUCCGCCCGUUUUCAUGGUGUGAAAUACGAUCCACCUGGAUCACGGAGUGUUUUAUUUUGAAAAGAAGCCGGAUGUUUUAUUUUGUGUCUGUGCCCGACUUCCUUUCCAGCACGGGUUAAUCUGUGCCGAAUUUAACCGGCACGCUCCGGCGUCCAUAAAAAAUAGAACUCUUGCGAUCAGCUGCAGAGUCCAGCGAUCCGCAGAGGAACGGAAAGAAGUUGGUUGAAAGUGAUACAAUAACGUGAAUGGUUACGAUCAGCUGUUAUCAGCGAAUGAGGUCUUUUUUAGCCGUUCUGGAUGCGGUGGAAAUUGGGGCUAACCAGUUCAUGAAGCAUCUGGGUCUGAAUUGGAUCCAAAUUCAUGAACGUUUCUUUAGUCCUGGUGCAUUACUUCCUGUUUGUACGAGUGCACAUCGUGAUGGGAACUGCCUCUCAUGUCGAGGUUUUCUUUCCGACAUACGAUCAACCUCUAAAAUGUAAAAACAGCUGAUAAAGCCUCUAAGAGGAUUGCUGCCUCAGCAGAAUGCUGAACAAAAUUGAAUUUCGCAGGUAAAAAAUUUAUGACCCGCUCUAUAAUCUGGUUUCAUGGUCGUUGUAUCGAGAAGGAUAAGCUCUCUGAAAGGGGCACCAAUUAGGAGCAGCAAGACAAGUGAUAGGUCAGAUUAUUAACCCGGUGUGCGGCCAUAAAAAAACUCACCGCCGUCUUUAAAAGUGACUUCAAUUGCAAAAAUCUCCACCGAGCAUUUCCCUCACGCUCUGACCCUUACAUAGAUAUAAACCCUCGGCCCCUCACUUCCUAACAUAUAUCCUCAUUUUAGAGGAGUGGAGGUAUAUCACUGAGGAGAGUUUCAAAGGGCAAAUGUGAGUAAUAAAGACAGAACCAGGGACUGAUACGAAUUGGCUGGUGGUUAACAAGUCCCCUGCCUCUGUGCUCUGAGCCACAGCUCCUCUCUGAGUAUCCUCCAGUGACAAAGAGUCAUCGUCCCGAGUAAUAACCAUCCAGGUUCCUCGUAAUGAAGAUGGAUCGGAGAGGGAUAAAUGCUAAAUGGAGGCGUAUUGCUAAGCAGGUAUGGUGAAGCGUUAUUAACGCCGCCAGAGUUAAUGACUGCGCUCCCCUCUGGCUGCGUGGAAAUGUAUGCAAUCUGAUAAGAGCUUCCUGCUAAACAAAUCAAGUCACUGGAGGAUUUCAAACCAGCGGCAGCUUCACUUGAAGUUCCAGAGAUCUGAUUUUCACAUCUGCUGUGAAGGUUUUCAUUUAAAUGCUUUAAAAGAGAGAAAAAACAUUAUCAUUGUUGUUACUAUUAUCAGAUAUUUCAAUGUUGUUUCUGAAGUUAUCGAGCCAAAACCUCUUCUCUUGUUGACAUCAGUGGGAAUGAAAAGAGAUUUUCAAAGAAAGAGGUAAAAUUUGGACCAAAAGCAGCUCGAUCUGGGCUGGUUUUUGCGAAGCAUCACUUCACCUCAGAUAGAAACCUGACUGUUUCACAGGAGACGGUUUCUUGACGCGAGCUGAUGUGCAGCGGUUUAAACACUGAGGAUUAUAAUUGAAAUGCAGCACAGUUCACCCGGGGCGGCAGGUAAAUGUUAGACUCCUAAAUCAGGCGCUCAAACUUCAUUUCUCCAUGUGGGAGACCUUUACGGCACAUCAGCGGGGCGGGGGCUUUUAUCACGCCGAGUUUGGCCGAACAAAGAGGAACAAAAGGGGGACGCCAACGCCUCUGUUGACGGGAUACAAACCAACAUUAACAUUGUCCUCAGAAUCAACAACAGUCCAUCAUGAUUAGGAACUUUUGAGAAGUGUUUUAGCUACGGGACGGUCAUAAUCAUUAGCUUAUUAUUAUGAUGAUGGUGGUGGAGGCAUUUAAGCAGCAUAAGAGACGUUUGCAGAGCUUAAUGAUCCAGAUGUGAUCAGAGUGAAGUGGGGGAAUGUGGCCGGGCUUUAUGGACUUCCUCUGAAACUGUUUUUGGUUUGUUGCUGUCUGUCAGAAACGUCUUGUUCUGAGCCUUUCAGAGCUUCCUGUUCCUGAGUUUUCUUUUGUUUGUGUUCAGCUCCAUUCGGCUCUUGUUUCUCUGACAGCUCUGACUUCUUUUCUUUUUGUCCUGUUGUUUUCAGAUUUGUCGGCAACAAAUCAUCCGUCUCUCAAGGAAAAUCUCCCGCUCUAUGUUCGACUCCAAAUCUGACAUGUUUUGUCUCGCUAACUACUGACAGUAUCAUCUUAUUUAUCAGUGAUUUUGUAUGAUUACAUGAAAAAGUGUAUGCUUUUCAUCUCCUUCAUUUACGAUUACCUUUAUGGCCGACUGAUUCAAUAUUUAGACAAGAAAAGGUUCCCAAGGUCUAACUCUGUUUUUUCUUUAUUUCUAGAUGCAAAAAGUUUAUUCAGUAAAUAAUGACAUUAAAUAUCAAAAAGACUGUUUUUUCCCCUCAAAUAACCUGAGUAGAGAUGAUUUUCUGUCAAUGGAUUCAUCCGGCGUCACCUUAAGACAUCCUCCCGUCAUCAAACUGACAUCAUCCAGGUCUCAUUUGUGCGUAUCUUUGAAAUUAAAGCAAAUUUUCAAGCUUUCGCAGGUUCGACUUCUUAUCACCCUUACAAACUGUAAACACCAGCUGGAAGAAACUCAUCAAGAAAAUCCAUCAAACCUAUAUUUAUAAUCAUCCCUAUAGUGCAAGAAAAUCAAACUCAGGUGGUUCAAAAAGGAGCCGACGGUGAUUAAUAUUAGUCAAUGUGGAGCGUUUACCCGAAAGACACGUUUCAGCUCAUUAAGUUCAUUUGCCUUUCCUGUGUUUAAAACACCAACAUGACCAGUAAUGAGCUCAAAUGAACCGAGGGACAGCAGCUGUGCCGUUUUCCUGAUAAUCAGGGAUUCCACUUGUCUACGGAUGUCGAAUUAAAAAUGUGUGUACAUGCAUUAAACAUCUAAUCUGAUUAAAAGCAGAGCUCUGGGAUUAAGAGACUAAAAGAAGUCCACCAAAGAAGUCCAUCUUAGCAACAUCAUAAAUCUCCAAUUAAGGUGUAAAAGGUCACUGCACUUCUCUGUUUACUGCCUCUCCAACAUGACCUGGUUUCUAUCCUUUGUUAAGAGUUUACGAUGUCGGAGAUUCCCCCCAGAAAUACGUCAGUAAAAGUAAUAUUUUGCCUUCAGCGUUUUUGUAGUCGGGAUUUUUCCAACAACAACAAUAAAAAAAAGGACAAAAACACGUCAAAAUGACAUUAAAGGGAUAUUCUGGUGUAAAAUUAAUUUAGGGUCAAACACACCGUAACACAGAGUUAGACCCCCCUCCAGAGAUUAAUGUUGCCGACCGCUUGCUUCUCUAGUUAUACCAACUUUAGUAACGACCGCACGAUAGCAAUACACAGCGGUCUGAGGAGCCAUAAACAAACCUCAACCAAAACGCCACUCUAUAGCCACAAAUAAUGCUCAGAACAGCACCUAACUUCAUCAACAGGACAUAUAGGGUCACAGACAUAGUACUAGACACCAAACAUCUUUUUAACUUUGACUCAUUUCUUCAGCAAAGAGACUAAACACAACUCACCUACUCUCUUCCGGCAGCUGCUUGUUUGUAGCGAGACCUCGGGCCGGUCCAUUAUGGACGGCAGCGGGGUGACGCAGCUAGAGAAAGAACAUUUAGGAUCACCCAUGGGUCAAGGUUUAGACUGCGAUUGGUUCCGGGAGGUUAGAUGGCUGAUGAUCUAAAUAUGAAACCCGCCAUCGGCUUAGGCCUGACCAGGAGCAUGUCACGAUAUCCCGAUAUUGGCGAUGCACGGAUAAGUUUUAAUUAUCGUGCUUUAACUCACCUUAAAUGUGGUCUGUGGUUUUGAUGUGCGACCCACUCAUGACCCCUUCCUCCCUUCAUGUCUCUAGGGAACGCCUUCGUGGUGAGUUUGGCUCUUGCAGACCUGGUCGUCGCCCUCUAUCCGUACCCCCUGGUGCUGACCGCCAUCUUCCACGACGGCUGGAUCGCCGGUUACAUCCACUGUCAGAUCAGCGGCUUCCUCAUGGGCCUCAGCGUCAUCGGCUCCAUCUUCAACAUCACCGGCAUCGCCAUCAACCGCUACUGCUACAUCUGCCACAGCCUUAAGUACGACAAACUCUUCUCCAACAGCAACACCAUGUGCUACGUCGUCCUGGUCUGGACGCUCACCAUCCUCGCAAUCGUACCCAACUGGUUCGUGGAGUCCCUGCAGUAUGACCCCCGGGUGUACUCCUGCACUUUCGCCCAGUCGGUGAGCUCGCUCUACACCAUCACAGUCGUGGUGGUGCACUUCAUCCUGCCGAUCGGCAUCGUAACCUACUGCUACCUGCGCAUCUGGAUCCUCGUCAUCCAGGUGAGGCGGAGGGUCAAGCCGGACUCCCGGCCAAAGAUCAAGCCGCACGAUCUCCGCAACUUCCUCACCAUGUUUGUGGUGUUCGUGCUCUUCGCUGUCUGCUGGGCGCCGCUGAACUUCAUCGGUCUGGCGGUGGCGCUGGACUCCAGGCUCAGCCGAGCGAUCCCCGAGUGGCUUUUCACAGCCAGCUACUUCAUGGCCUACUUCAACAGCUGCCUCAACGCUGUCGUCUACGGCGUCCUGAACCACAACUUCAGGAAGGAGUACAAGAGGAUCGUCCUGAUCAUCUUCAAGUUUCACUGCUGAGAUGACACACUGAGGGGCGGGGCUUAUUUUAACCUCUGGGACUUAAGAGAGGGAGGGAUGAACGUGACCUUAACAGGAAAGUGAAAUGAGACAAAGAGAAAGACGACACUUAAAACUACUACAGGGAAAAGAACGAAUCGUUUAGUCUGCAUGAGAAGAAGACGGGAAAUAAACGACGCCACACUGAGAGCGUUCGGUGAGGCCUUCAGGGAACUUGGAGACAAAGAAGUACGACGAAGGAAACAGAAACCUGAGUUUGGGUGUAACUCUUAACUUAGUAAUGUGUUUUUUUUGUUUGUUUUUUUCAUUAUUUUCUUGGGUAUAUUUUUAGUUUUCUUUGUUCAAAAAUCGUAUUUUCGUUUCAUUUAGAGAUUGUGAUGAUCUAAACGUUGAACUGUGAUCAAAGUUGACAGUCUUCUUGGCCAGACACCGUUUGUUUGCAGUUAUUUUUCAUAUUUCAGAAGUUGAGAUUUUUUCUGGAGCAACAAGCCAAACACUCGCAUGGAAAAAGACAGAAAGAAAAAGGUUAUUAAGAGGAAAAGAGGUGAUAAAAGAGAUGUGUUACUGCGUUCACUGAAACUUUUAAUUUGGUGUCUUAGGACUGGACUUCGACUUUGGUCCUUUUGACCUGAAAAAAUCAGUGUUGACAUGAAUUCAUGCUCAGAAGAGUCUUUCCUCUAAACUGGGAACUUGAAACUUAGAAUUUAAAAUCAAAGUUAAACUUCUCAUCGACCCAAUAAAAGCCCAGUAAUCGUCUGAGUAGAAGAAGAACUACAGGGACUACAGAGUUUCGGACUUCGACUUGACUUCGCCAACACCCAAAAAACUACAGACUUUUUCCUCUGUCCUGAACGCUGCUGUUUGUGCAGCCGAGGCUCUAAGUCUUCUAUCCUCUGGGACUUUCUCACCUCCUCACAUUAAUCGAUUUCUUCUACCUGGGACGGGAUCAGCACAGAUGGGACAGGUUCUCCAUCGCUGCUAAAUCCUGCGUUAAUCCGCUCAGACGGCACGAUGAUGCUUUCUCCUUCCCUCGGACCGGACACGUCUCUGUUGAAGACACUAAAACGAACAAACUAGAGUGAGAAACCAGGACAGAACACGGUGUCUCUGCCAUCCAGAAGCAAUACUGUGCGCACUUUCAUACCGUACUUAUCCUCAUCCAUUAAAGCUGCUUAUUUGAGUUCCCACUUUCCACAUAUCGGGCCCAAUUUCCAUCACACACCGUCCCUGCAGUGAGUAAAUUUACUUUACACUUCUCAUUUAAAUACGAAACUACAGGCGGUAUAAAGAGAGAAAAAAACGUGGGAAAUGGUUAUUCUGAUUCUGAACAGUAUUCUGACCACAUCACUGUGUUUCACUGUCCUGGAAAAUGAAAGAUGAAUGUUGCAUAAGAGUGGGUAAGAGGAGUGCUGCUGCUGCUGUGAUAAUCUGCCCUUGCUUCAGUCCCAUUUUAAUGAGCGCGCUCUAAGGCCUGACAAACACUGAGUGGAGGAGAAACGUUGUGGUGGAUUGUCGGCUCACGCUGUCGGAGGGUUUCCUCCACAACGCACGACCGACCAGAAGCCACUCGACCAGAUUCACGUUAUCACCUGGAGGAAUAAACGGCAGAGCUGAGAAAGUGGGAGGAGCUUUUGCACCGCAUCUGAAAAACAUGCAACUAACCCGAGAACCAAACAGACACACGACCCGCUGACUUGAUGCAUGUGCAAACACAGACCGGCACGUGAAAACUGAAGUUACGAUAUUACUCACAAAAAAAGUUCAGUUUCCAGAAACACCCGUCUUCAUGUGGACCAGGUCUCAAUCUCUGCGUACAUCAGGUGCUUUCAAAACCAGGUGGCUUCACCUCUCACUAUGUGUUCCCGGCCUUAAAGUGUGUGUGUGUGUGUGAGUGUGAGUGUGUGUGUUUGUGUGUGUGCUCUAGGACCUGUUCUUCCUUGAAAGAGACCCCCCUGUGUGUGAAUGUGUGCAUUCAGUGUCUGUGUCUGUCUUUGUUUUGAUCUCUGUGCCAAAGUUUCUCCUGCUUCAAAGGUCGGGAAGGUUUGGAGGUUUUAACCACAGACUGUAUAAAUUAUGGACAACUUGGCUCCGCCUUCAGUCAGUACACGGAUUUGAAGCCGAAUUUCUCUCAGUAUUUCCGGGAUUUUCUCCUCCACUUGCACAGUAGCAGGGCUUGACACGAACUUUUUUCACAAGGAGCACAUGUUCUCCUAAGUUGAAAAAAGGAGCACACAAAGAACUUAAGGGGCACGAUGAAAAUUGAUCAAAUAAUGUUUGUCUUAUUGGUCGACUUAAGUACUAUUAUUCGAAAUCAAUUUUAGGUCAAUUGGUCACAUGACAUGGAAGCUAUUGAAAGAAAACAGCCUUUUCUGAGAACAUCAACCGGUAAUUUAUUGAUGGUCCAUUAUUCAAAACUCGGCGUUGACAGCGAGGAGUAGAUAUAACCGCGCUGCUGUUGUUAUUCCUGGUCAUGGAGAGUGAGAAGACACCGGUGAAUGUCUGUCAAAUAUCCAAACUAAAACUAACUUCACUGCGGUAUUUAAAUGAAAAAAUCAUUUGUCG